AUGGAUAGAAAAGCGGGUUCUUUCGUAUGCGUCACGAAGUCGGCUGCAUCGCGCAAUAAUUCAUGCCAUGAGAAGGCCAAUGAGAGAGAAAAUUCUUUAUUGUGCACGGCUGCUCUUCUUGGACAUACAUUCUGUGUCACGAUUCUUGUUGACUACAGAGGCGCAGAUAUAGAAGAAGUAGGAUCAGUUUCAAUCCAGGGUAGUCAUAUUGCAAGUGGAGUAACUCCCUUAUGGUGUGCUAGUAAUGAAGGCCACUCCUGGGUAGUUGAAUUUCUCCUUUGCAAAGGGGCUAAUCCAAAUGGCGUUUCGAGUAACCAUAGCUCACCGUUGCGAGCAGCAUGCGCAAAUGGCCACUUCUUUGUUGUCAGACUUCUUGUGGAACACGGAGCAGACAUUGAGGCCGCAAAUCAUCAGGGCGUCAAUAGUCUGAUGCUCGCUUCCGUCAAUGGUCAUUUGAAAAUCGUGAAGUACCUCUUGGAUGCUGGCGCUGAUGUGAACAGGAAAGAUCUAACAGGAAAAAGCGCACUGCACGCCUCUGCAGAUGCAGGUCAUCUGGCUGUAACGGAACUUUUGCUGGAUCACAAGGCUCGAAUGGAUGCCGACGACUCAGGAUUAACGCCUUUGAUUUCUGCGAGCUCUCUUGGUCAUAUAGACUUGGUGGAACGUCUAGUAACCAGAGCAGAUCUGGUAUCUGUGAGAGAGAAAGCCGAUGCACUGGAGGUACUGGGCGCUUCCAUUUACAAUCGGACGGGUGAUAUAGUUGUUGCUAUCUACUACUGGAAAACAGCAAUGAGUAUGAGUUGUCCGAAUAAGAAGGAAGAUUCUGGAAUCCGCCUUAAUAGGUCAAGGGAAUCGGACGAAGUCACAGCCAAGGUUACAGCCACAAAGAUUGGUCACCUCACGAUCUAA